UGUCAUAAGAACCUUAAGUAACGGAACUUUUCCAUUCAUAAUGAACGCAGCAACCCACAACGAGGUUGACGAAAGCCGUUAUUGGAGUAACUUUUAUGAACUUUGUAGACGAAUAUGGCUAAACGAUCGAGAUAGAAAUUUGUUCCAAAACAUACUGCGGACAGAGUUUGAAAGUCUGCCUCCAUUCUUUGCCGAGACCAUCCUCAUGGGAAGGUCUCAAGAAACAAUCAUCAACUCCCAACAAAACACCGGGCGAACUGAGACCAGUCAGCAACUCGAAGUGGUGUUCCGAGCUGUUGUUGACAGGAUCUCCAUGCUAUGCGCCUACUAUCAGUCAAUCAAUGACUGCCCCAACAUUAGAAGAUACUGCUUCAAUGUUACCUGUUAGUUCAAGUGUUCAAUACAGCUUCAAUUUUACCUGUUAGUUCAACUUUCCAAUGCUACUUUAAUGUUACCUGUUAGUUCAACUGUACAAUACUGCUUCAAUUUUGCCUGUUAGUUCAACUGUACAAUGCUGCAUCAAUGUUACCUGUUAGUUCAACUGUACAAUACUGCUUCAAUGUUAUCUGUUAGUUCAACUGCACAAUACUUCUUAAUUUUCAAAUGUUGUAAACAUAAUCAAAAUAUGUUCAAGUUUACUUCUUUUUACCAGAACUAAUAAGUAAGUUAAAGUCCUGACACGUUCGUUAUAUAAAAAGUAUAGCACACCAAGAGAGAAACCAUUAAAUAACAUGUGAACCUCUAUGUUUGGCAUUAUAUCAUAUACUUAAAAGUAUUAUGUUCAAAACGUGUACCAGACAAGACAUAUAAGUGAACACAACAUACAAAAUAUGACUUGAAAUACAGUUUACUUAUUUGAACCGUAAAUGCAAACAUGUUAGGGGCUUAAACCAGUUAAUAGGAACUCCAAAACGCACAUUCCGCAUUAAUUUCAAAACAUGUUAAUGCGUAUAAUAAUAAUUCUUAUAGAAUAUCAAUUCAAUUUUAAA